AUGUCCGGCGCCAGUGUCCGCGUCGAAGGCUUCCUCGAAUGCCUCGGCCUCAAGAGCCAAGACGACCUAAACCGCUUCUUCCUCGAGCGAGACGCCUUCCUCACGCCCUGGGCCGAAUACCGCGACGAGUGUCUUCUUACCCUCCAAUGCAUGGAAGACUCCGGCAACCCUCACCUUACCCCAUGGGUCGCAUUCAGAACCAUGAUGUGUCUCCGCAAAGGCUCCGCCGACAAGAUCAAAGAUGACGCCGACGAGCGGGUCAAAUGCCGCCUGUACACCGUCCGCUUCCUCUUCGAUCUCAUCCAGAACCUGACUAAGCCUGGUGAAUACUUCUACGGCAAGAGGGGGGAGGAUCUCGUCGAGAAGCUCUUCAAAAUGACGAAGCUACUGUGCACCCAUUACCGCGCCAAGGUGUUCCCAGUCAUUCAUGUCAUCGAGCGAAACAGGCCGUCGACCGUCGAGGAUUACGAGUACUACCUCCUCGAGCGCGAUAACAGGGUGCGGAUGAGAGGCCACACGCCUAGCCGUUUCGACGAGGUCGUGGGGUCCGGGAACGUCAAGGCUGCUGUGAAAGCCCGCCAGCCGUCUCAGUCCGCGGCUCCGAUUCGCAACGUCGAGCAGGAGGAUACGCCAGCGACGCCCAAAACCCGACCUGCGCCCAAACCUCAACCACCCGCAAGCGUCGCUGCACCCGUCUACGGUUUUAGGAGGGCCUCCAACAGCCUCCAGCGAGCGGCCGAGAACAGGACCGCGAUCAGCUUCUCUAUCGAUGGCGAGGAGUUUGACAGUCCAAAGGCGCACGAGGCUAAGGAGCAGGAGUUGGUGUACCCCAAAUUUAGCGAGGAGGGAGCAGCGGUGAAGAGGGUGGAUGAGGAGGCCAAGAAGCCUUCAGAUGAGGAGAGCGAUGAGGAGAGUCUGUUCGUCCGAGACCGCACGACUCGCGAGUCGUCGGAUGAGGAAGAGGCCUAUGAGACUGCAGAUGAGUUUGGUCUUUGA